AUCCGUUUUCCCGUGAUCCACAGGUACGCGGUGGGAAAAUCUUUGCCAUUUGUGCCAAUCCGUUUUUGUGGGAGGCUCUGCGAAUUACCUAAUGUUGCAUAAAACGGAUGACCAGGAGGAGGGGCAGCACAGUCAUCUCGAGGACAGCAAAGCGUACACCACUACUCUGAUAUCAAUCGAGAAUGGAUAACUAUAACCACAAGAAAUUCACUGGAGCUCUGAAGCGAAAGCGCAGCAUGGAUGCGGACUCCGAUGACGAUGUGGUCUUCAUCAUGGAGCAGCCGGGCCAACGAACUCCAGAGCAGCCACAGCCCAAGCGACGCUUCUUCCGACCCUGGUUGGAUGAGUCCCCGGAAGAGGAGCAACCACAGCCGCCACGUAAGAUUGUCGCCACAACGACACCGCCGCCACCGCAAGUGGAUGCCACCUACCACGCCAACAUGGUGCGCAAUCACCACAAGCGCCGCCAGCGCAGUCCGCAGGAGCAACUGCGUCGGGAUCGCAACACCUUGGCCAGCCUGCGCCACCGACGCUCCCAGCAGCAACAGCAGCAGCUCAUCGAACAGCAGUACCUGACCAGCCGCAUCCAGCACGAGGCCAAUCUGCAGCAGCAGAUCCGCCUGAGCCUCUACUACGUGCGCUUCCUGCAGCAGGCGAUGGCCUCCACGGAGCCACUGCCUCCCACGCAGCCAAGGCACAUGAUGCCGCGCCAACAGACCACCACCCAGCAUCCUUGAAGGGUGGACAUGGAGCUAGGACU